AUGUCGGACGCACUGGAGGAGCCCCCACUGUACCUCACGCCGCAGUUCUUCAGGCGCACCCUGGAGCACGGACUGCAGCAGCUGGACCUGCAGGUCAUCGGUGUCCAGUUGACCAAUCUUACGCGUGGCGGGGAGAACUACUGCAGCAACAUCUACCGCGCUCAGAUUAAGUAUCGCAAUGCCGAGAACUGCGUCCUGGAGACAUCCUUGAUUGUCAAGUCCAUGCCGGACGAGAAGCAGGCCAUCCUAGCCCGCCUGCACAUCUACAACAAGGAGACCCUUUUCUACAUGCACAUCAAGCCAAAGCUGGAGGCACUCAUGUGGAGGGCGGUGCAGAGCCCCAAUGCCUGGACCUUGGCUCCCAAGCACUACUACUCCACCACCCAGCCGGAGCAGACGAUCAUCCUGGAGGACCUGUGCGCCGAGGGCUACCAGUUGAAGUGCCGCCAGCUGGGCCUGGACUUCGACCACGCCUCUCUGGUGCUGGCCAAGCUGGCCGAAUACCAUGCCCUCACCAUGGUGAUGGCCGAACGGGAGCCGGAAACCAUAGUGGACCGCUAUCCCUUCGGUCUGCUCCACAUGGAUGCCAUCAAGUCGGAGCCCUUCAAGCUGCUCUUCGGCACUCAGCUCCUGAAACUGGCCGCCCUGGUGGGUGACUGUGAGGGAUUCGGUGGGAUCACCACGAAACUCUACCGCUACCACGAGCACUUCACCGAGCGAGUCCUGAAGGCGGUGUACCCACUGCGCGGCAACCAUAAUGUCCUCAAUCACGGCGAUCUUUGGGUGAACAACAUAUUCUUCAAGUACGAUGCGAAGUACACGGUGCAGCAGGUGAAAAUUAUUGACUUCCAGCUGUGCUUCUACGGCAGCCUGGGCUUCGACAUCAACUACUUCCUGAACACCAGCUUGGAACUGGAGGUGCUUCGUGACCGGCGGCAGGAGCUCAUCGACAUCUACUACCGGUCUCUGGUGGAGUGCCUGAAGCAUUUGCCCUGGUCCAAGGACCUGCCCAGCUAUGAGGACAUCAUGGAGGAGAUCAGGAAGCGCGAGGCCUACGGUUUCUUUGUGGCAUUCGGAUUUUUCCCGCUGAUGAGCAUGAUCGGCGUGGACUCCGAGGAUAACUCACUGAAAAACUUCCACGACGAAACAUUCGCCAGGCAGAAGGUGCAGCUCAUGUUCGAAGGAAACACUCGCACGCUGGAGAGCCUGAAAUGCAUCCUAAAACGUCUGGAUGAUUUGAAACUGUUUGACUAG